AUGUCCGGCACCGAACCCCAUAACGGCACUCCCGCUGCCACACCCCGCCGCCUCCUACUAGCCAGUAUCCCCCGAUCAGCCUCCAACCUACUCCUGAAAAUCCUAAACAUCCCCAACCAGCCCAACCUAUUCACCAGCCCCAAAGGCGGCUACUUCUUCUACCCAGCAUUCAUCGAAGCCGCCGCCCAUAGCGACUGCUACAUAAACAAAACAAUCGACCAAUGGACCGACGACGAAAAACGCAAAGUAAAGCACACCGUCCAGGACUGCUUCAACAACCUAGAAGCAUCAUCCACCCAAGCCGAAAAUGAGAACCAAAUGAUGUUCACCAAAGAACACGCAUACUGGCUUUACAGCCCUGCCGCACUCCAGAAACUACAAACAGGCACCCACGACGAGGAUUUCUUCAAUGCCUUCCGCCUCGAUUCCCCACAGAAAUACGGCACAACAAAUACAUACUCCCGAUCUAAUGAGACGCUCUUCUCAGACGAGUACCUACGCUCGUGGCAAUUCGCCUUCAUCAUCCGACACCCCGCACUCUCCUGGCCGUCCAUGUACCGUGCCAUGCGCAAGCUCGCAGCAAACGGCAUGAUGGACGAAGACGGGGUGAAGGGUGCCUCUUUCACGAAUAUGAAUAUGCACUGGACACGCCAGUUAUAUGACUGGUGCAUGGAGCAGCCUGAUGCACCUAUCCAGCCACCUAUUAUUGAUGCGCAUGAUCUGAUUCAUCAUCCCGAGGUUGUGCUUGAGUUCUGUGAAAGGACGGGGCUGGAUAAGAGUGUUGUGCAGUUUGAGUGGAAAGGGAAGAAUGAAAAGAAAUCUGCUAAAUGGGGGUGUCAUGUUGCGGAUCCAAAUUCUGAUGAGGUGAUUAUGCAUCAGCAGGCUGCUGUCGUUAUGCUUUCUACGCUGGAGAACUCUUCCGGGAUUGUUAAGGAUAAGGCGCCUGAGAGUGUGGAUAUUGAUGCUGAGGCGGCGGGGUGGAAAGUUGAGUUUGGGGAGGAGGUUGGAAGGCUUUUGGAGGAGUCUGUUAGGGGGUCCAUGCCCGAUUAUGAAUAUUUGAAGGCGAGGCGGAUUACCGUUUAG